GAGCGUUUGCGUUCGUACAGGGUGUCUGAGGCUUAAGUGAGCUGUCCUCCCUGUCCUGUUGUGUAAUUACUGUGUAGUUAAACACAUUCAGCCUAAAAGAUGUCGGCGGUUUGUGCAGUCCUGAGUCGAAAUGUUUUGGCUAUUAGGAAUUCUGGCGUGAUGGUGACGGUCCGGUAUGCUCAAACUGCCGCCGCCCCAGCUCCUGAACCCAGGAUCAAGAAAUUCCAGAUUUAUCGCUGGGACCCUGACACCGCCGGAGACAAACCAAGGAUGCAGACAUAUGAAAUUGAUCUCAACACCUGUGGUCCAAUGGUUCUGGAUGCCCUCAUUAAGAUCAAGAAUGAGAUUGACCCCACACUCACAUUCAGACGCUCCUGUCGUGAAGGUAUCUGUGGCUCAUGUGCCAUGAACAUAAAUGGAGGCAACACACUGGCAUGUCUUAACAAAAUUGACACCAACACAAGCAAACCGACCAAAAUCUACCCGCUCCCACACAUGUAUGUGGUCAAAGAUCUGGUGCCUGAUAUGAGCAACUUCUAUGCACAGUACAAAUCCAUUGAGCCUUACCUGAAAAAGAAGGAUAACGCUCAAGAAGGCAAAGAGCAAUACUUCCAGUCGGUGGAGGACAGACAAAAACUGGACGGCCUGUAUGAGUGCAUCCUCUGUGCCUGCUGCAGCACCAGCUGUCCCAGCUACUGGUGGAACGGAGACAAAUACCUGGGACCAGCUGUCCUAAUGCAGGCAUACCGGUGGAUGAUUGACUCCCGUGAUGAAUUCACUGAGGAACGUCUGUCUAAACUUCAGGAUCCCUUCUCUCUCUACCGCUGCCACACCAUUAUGAACUGCACCAAGACUUGCCCAAAGGGACUCAACCCAGGAAAGGCCAUUGCAGAGAUCAAGAAAAUGAUGGCGACUUACAAAGAGAAGAAAGCAGCAGUUUCAUGAAUAUCUGAAAAAUCCAGCUGAUUUAAGAACCUCUAAUAAUACCAUGAACUAAGUUAAGAGGAUGAAAAGAGCCGACCAGGAACUUUUAACUGCAUCAACAUCUGUUGUGAUUUUCAUGAGAGUGUGAGAUUGAGCGUGUGGAUAUGUGUGAGUGUGAAUGUAUAAGGGAACAGACGACAGGAGGGCAUGAGAAAAUGGUGCAGGAAAGGACUGUUAAGCAAAAUAUUUUGAGUGACGCAACACUUGGACCACAUUUCUCUCAUUUGUCUGCACAGAUAAAGGCUCUGCUGUAUUUACUCUUUGGAAAAAGCUUAUGAAAUUGUAUCCAGGUUGUAAAUAUUUAUGUAUGUGUUCAUUAAAGAUGUGCUGGGCUCCUUGUGAAAUUUAGAUACAUGUGUUUUUGGAUUAGGAAAGAAUCAAAUAACUCUUUUGUGGAUUGCCGUUGCAAUAAACAGUAUUGAGACAUCA